AUGGAUGAGGAAGAAUGUGGCCUGGAUCUUCUUACUGAGCUGCUGGAGGAAAAUGAAUCCGCUUUAGAAUAUGAUUCAGGGCAGAAUGGCUUCUUGAAAGAAGAAGCCAGAGAGCCUGAUGAAUUUGAUGAACUCUUUGAUGCUGAUAGUGACAGUUCGUCUUAUAAAGAAGAGAUUGAUGAGCUUCUGGAGGCAGAAUCUGGAGACCAAAAGGAAAAUAUGGCCACUCUCUUCGGAGAUGUCAAUGAUCUGACAGAUGAGGAGAAUGAAGAAGCCCAGGACACUGCACAGUCACUACAAUUAAGUCCCCCAGCUCCCAGCCAAGAGAAAAUUCACCAGGAGUUACAAGAUGAACUGAAGAAAUUGCAAGAGCAGAUGAAGACAUUACAAGACCGACUAAAAAUGACUACAAUUGGGAAGUCUACGAGCCCAAAACCUUCACCGAAAUCCUCUGGUAAGAUUUCGCACUUCCCUCUUAAAGAGCAGAAAGUUCAGAAGAUUCAGGAGUCAUCUUUGUUUUCUGCCCAGCUUGACAUCCCUGCUUUGCCAAAACCCAAGCAAGUGGCCCAGAAACCAAAGGUUUUCCCUGCAGAGCACAAGAGUCCUCUUUCAGGAUCAUUACCAAAUUCAUAUUCCCAGCCCCUUAGAUCUAUUGCUGGAAACAAGCCCAGUGGAGGGACUGGAACCUUGACUUUAGGGACAUCUGGACCUUCAUGUGGAACUACUCAGACUGUAUCAGUGGAAAAAUUUACUGGACUUAGGUUAAGGCGGCCCCGAGUAUCCUCCACAGAAAUGGAUAGAAAAAUGGCUGGCCGGAAAAUGAUCAGACUGUCCCAGCUCAAGAACAGGUUGGCAAGUGAGAAAUUGGAAGAAAUAGACUGGGUGACAUUUGGGGUCAUCAUGAAGAAAGUCACUCCUCAGAGUUCAAAUAAUGGGAAAACCUUUAGCAUCUGGAAACUGAAUGAUCUGCGUGACCUAAACCAAAAUGUCUCAUUGUUCUUAUUUGGAGAAGUCCACAAAGAACACUGGAAGACUGAACAAGGCACUGUCAUAGGACUGCUUAAUGCAAACCCCAUGAAGCCAAAAGAAGGUUCAGAUGAAGUAUGUUUGUCUAUCGAUCAUGCCCAGAAGAUUCUAAUUAUGGGUGAAGCACUUGACUUGGGAACCUGCAAAGCAAAGAAAAAGAAUGGAGAACCUUGUACACAGAUUGUCAAUUUGAAUGAUUGUGAGUAUUGUCAGUAUCAUAUACAAUCUCAGUAUAAGAAACUCAGUGCCAAGCGAGCAGAUUUGCAGUCUUCCUUCUCUGGAGGUCAAGUGCCGAAGAAAUAUGCCCGCAAGGGCUCCAGCCUGAAAGAAAGACUAUGUCGGGAUGGCUUUUACUAUGGAGGAGUCUCUUCUGAGUCUUAUGCAGCCUCAGUUGCAUCUGCCACUGCUCCUAAGAAGACUAUUCAGACCACUCUGAGCAACUUGGUUUUAAGAGGCACAGAUGCAAUUGUCCAAGAAACACGACAGAAAUUAGGUCUUCCACAGAAGAAUAUUUCAUGUUCUGAGGAAUUUAAGCAGUUAAUGGAUUUACCUACAGUUGGAGCAAGAAACCUAAAAAAACAUUUGGCCAAAUCCAAAUCACCAGGAGUUCUGGGAAACCCUUGUCCUCCUAUUCAAUCCAUCCCUGCAUCGGCUUUACUGAAACAACAGAAACAACAAAUGUUGGAAAUGAGGAAAAAGAGAACAGAGGAAAUCCAGAAACGGUUUCUUGAAAGUACAGCUGGAGUCAAAAGACCAGCUUCAUUUUCAUCUUCAGAGACUUCCACUUUGCAGUCUCCGAGGCCAGGGGCAGAAUUCCCGAAAGUGAAAAGAUCCUUCAGUCCACAGACCCCCAAGCUUGGACGAGGAUUUUCAGAAGGAGAUGAUAUUCUCUUCUUUGACGACUCUCCCCCACCGGGACCAAAGUUGAGCGCUUUAGCAGAAACGAAGAAGUUAACAGCUAUUGCCAAAUUGAGAGCCAAAGGUCAGGUCCUUACUAAAGCAGAUCCAAACUGUAUUAAACGGAAGCAGUGUGACCUUCAGAGUGUCUUGGAGAUAUCAGAGCGUGUGGAGAAAAGCACCUCAUCAUCACCAGCUGAGGAUGACCCAGAACCUGCCCAAAAGAGACGUCGAGAGCAGUUGGCCUACCUGGAGUCUGAGGAGUUCCAGAAAAUUCUCAGAGCUAGAUCCAAGCACACUGAGGUGCUGAAGGAGGCCGAGGCAGACUUACAGGAACGCUAUUUUGAACCACUGGUGAAAAAAGAACAAAUGGAAGAAAAAAUGAAAAGUAUUAGGGAAGUGAAAUGCCGAGUGGUAACAUGCAAAACGUGCAAGUAUACCCACUUCAAGCUCUUGGAGGCUUGUGUCAGUGAGAAUCAUGAUUACCAUUGGCAUGAUGGUGUGAAGCGGUUUUUCAAGUGCCCCUGUGGAAACAGAAGCAUAUCUCUUGACAGGCUACCUCAGAAGCACUGCAGUAAUUGUGGCCUCUUCAAAUGGGAAAGGGAUGGAAUGCUAAAAGAGAAAAGUGGGCCAAAAAUUGGUGGAGAGACUUUGUUACCAAGAGGAGAAGAACAUGCCAGAUUUUUGAAUAGCCUUAAAUAGCCCUGUCUUUAGUAGUUAACAUACUACCUGUCUUGCUUCCUGAGUCUCCAGAAAAACAACCUAUUGAUUCAAUAUUGACCAUAAAAGAUACUUCUUUAAAAAAAAAAAAAA